CAGUCCAGUUGGAGACUACUCCUCUCCCUCCACCAUGACCCUCGAAAAGCGCAACAACGCUUUAUACUACAACGACAACACCGUCAACGGCGCAACAGCAGACAUAGCCAUAACCACCCGCGGCUCAGACUGGUACUUCGCCGUGAGCGCCAUAAUGGCCGUCGCGGCAUUCUCCUUCAUCGGCCUCGCACUGCGCAAGCCCCGCCGCGACCGCCUCUUCCACUACAUCACCGCAUCCGUCACUUUCGUCGCCGCUAUCGCGUACUUCACCAUGGGUUCGAAUCUCGGCUUCACGCCCAUCGCCGUGGAGUUUUCGCGCGCGGAUCCGAAAGUCCGAGGGCAGUAUCGCGAGAUUUUUUACGUCAGGUAUAUCGAUUGGUUCAUUACUACGCCGUUGCUGCUCAUGGAUUUGAUGUUGACGGCGGGGAUGCCGUGGCCGACGAUCCUGUUUGUGAUUCUGGUCGAUGAGAUUAUGAUUAUCACGGGUUUGGUGGGCGCGUUGGUGAGGUCGAUUUAUAAGUUUGGGUUCUUCGCUUUCGGUUGUUUCGCACUCUUCUACAUCAUCUACCACCUAGCCUGGGAAUCGCGCCGCAACGCCGCGCGCUACGGCGCAGACGUAUCCCGCGUCUUCCUGCUAACGGGCUCCCUCACGACGCUGCUCUGGAUCUGCUACCCGAUCGCCUGGGGCGUCUCCGAGGGCGGCAACGUCAUCGCCCCGGACUCCGAGGCCGUCUUCUACGGGAUCCUCGAUCUUCUCGCGAAACCCGUUUUCGGCGCGUUGCUGAUUUGGGGUCAUCGGGGGAUUGAGCCGGGGAGGUUGGGGCUGCAGAUUAGGGACUAUGAUGGGGAUGAUUAUGUUAGUGAGAAGGUGGGGAAUGGGGUGAGUAAUGGGCAUGGCAAUGGCGUUACGAAUGGCCAUGGGAAUGGCGUGGUGAAUGGGCAUGGUGGUGUUGCUGAUCAUGCACCUGCUGGCGCUCCUGUUGGUGGUGGUGCGCCGACGCAUGCUCCUAACGUGUAGUCUAGUUUUGGCUGAGAGAAGAGUGUGGCAGUUUGAAUCGUGUUGAGUGGGGAUUCGGAGGGUGGUACAGUUGGUUUUCUCUUUCCGUUCGGUUAGGGUUGAUUCGGGCUUUCUUUUCUCUUCUAUUGUCGUACAGUUUCUGCUUAGUCCGGUCAGGGGGAAGAUAUGUAAUGUUUGAUUGAGUGGAAGUUUGUAUUGGGAUUGAUAUACC